GAGGCAGUAAAGCAACGUUACGGCUGCCAACUGCCGUAAAGCCUCAGAGAAGAAGAAGAAGAAGGAAAAAGAAGGAGGAGGAGGACCUGUAGCAAACGUAGCUGCUCUCCUGUUUUAUAUCCAUGAAAGUAGUUAGCAAAGCUAAUACUGGCGAGCUAACAUCGCUUUACCUAACACGAGAUGCACACCUUUACUAGCUAAAGUCUUGCACGGCUAUAACCUUACCCAGUGAAACAACAGGCUGUUGUGAUGUCAGAGCCUAAACCACCUACUCCAACCCCUGGAGACACGUACAAGGGUUGGCUCUUCAAAUGGACUAACUACAUUAAAGGUUACCAGAGACGCUGGUUUGUUCUGAGCAAUGGACUGCUCUCUUACUACAGGACCCAGGCAGAGAUGGGUCACACAUGCAGAGGCACCAUCAACUUGGCCACAGCCAAUAUUGCUGUAGAGGACUCGUGCAAUUUUGUCAUUUCCAACGGAGGCGCGCAGACCUACCACUUGAAGGCCAGUUCCGAAGUAGAGCGCCAGCGAUGGAUCACUGCUCUGGAGCUCGCCAAGGCAAAGGCCGUCCGAAUGCAGGCAGAAUCUGAUGACUCAGGUGACGAUUGUCCUGCAGCGCCACCCAGCUCAGGACACGGUGGAGGCUGCCGUAACUUAGAAAUCCAGUCCACACUACGCACACUCGGCAGCAAAGUGGAGGACCUCAACACCUGUAAUGAUCUCAUUGUCAAGCAUGGGUCUGCUCUCCAAAGGUCUUUGUCAGAACUGGAGGGAAUUCGUGUCGGAGCAGACAUGGGGGAAAAGAUGAGACAAGUUACAGAGAGAGCCACACUGUUUAGAAUCACCUCUAAUGCCAUGAUUAAUGCAUGUAGAGACUUCCUCUCCCUGGCCCAGAACCACGGUAAGCGCUGGCAGAAGGCCUUACAGGUUGAAAGAGACCAGAGGAUACGGCUGGAGGAGACUCUGGAGCAGCUGGCCAAACAGCACAAUCACUUGGAAAGAGCUUUCAGAGGAGCUACAGUUCUCCCCUCUUCAUUUAGCAAUCCCACCCUAGGUAGCAAAGGUGGUGUUCCAGGAAAAGGUGAUGCUAGUGACGAGGAUGAUGACAAUGAGUUCUUUGAUGCUAUGGAAGACCCAGCCGAGUUUAUUACUGUCCCUGCUGACCCAAAGUAUCACAGGAGAUCUGGCAGCAACAAUAGUGGGAUCAGCAGUGAGACUGGAAUGGACGAUCAGUCGGUAAAUUUUGAUGAACUGUCUUUGGCAUCCAACCCUGAGUCUCCACAGCCCCUUGAGCUAGAGCCAGUUAGACAAAGACGGACUCGUAUCCCUGACAAGCCCAACUAUUACCUCAAUCUGUGGAGCAUCAUGAAGAACUGCAUUGGAAAGGAGCUCUCAAAGAUACCAAUGCCCGUGAAUUUCAACGAGCCCCUCUCAAUGCUGCAACGUCUAUCUGAAGAUCUGGAGUACUACGAGCUGCUGGAUAAGGCUGCUAAAUGUCAGAGCUCUCUGGAGCAGAUGUGUUAUGUGGCUGCUUUCACGGUCUCUUCCUACUCCACCACUGUCCACCGCACAGGAAAACCCUUCAAUCCUCUGCUGGGAGAAACCUUUGAGCUUGAUCGGCUAAGAGAUUGUGGCUACCGCUCCCUCUGUGAACAGGUGAGUCACCACCCACCUGCUGCAGCUCACCAUGCCGUCUCUGAAAAGGGCUGGACCCUCAGACAAGAAAUUACCCUGGCCAGCAAGUUUAGAGGAAAAUAUCUCUCUAUCAUGCCUUUGGGUUCUAUCCAGUGUUUGUUUGACAAGAGCAACAAUCAUUACUCUUGGAAGAAAGUGACUACAACAGUACACAACAUCAUUGUUGGAAAACUAUGGAUUGACCAGUCAGGGGAGAUAGAUGUGGUGAACCACAAGACAGGAGAUCGCUGCCACCUCAAGUUUGCUCCCUACAGUUACUUCUCCAGAGAUGUACCAAGAAAGGUAACAGGAGUAGUAACAGAUAAGGAUGGGAAGGCCCAUUACGUGCUAUCGGGAACCUGGGAUGAAAAGAUGGAGUUUUCCAGGGUAAUGCAGAGCAGUAAAGGCGAGAACGGCACUGAAGGCAAACAGAGGACUGUCUAUCAGACCCUCAAAGCCAAAGAAAUCUGGAGAAAGAACCCUCUACCAGAGGGGGCCGAAAACAUGUACUUCUUCUCCUCACUGGCCUUGACGCUCAAUGAACCUGAGGAGGGAGUGGCGCCGACAGACAGCCGACGACGCCCUGACCAGAGGUUGAUGGAGGACGGCCGCUGGGAUGAGGCUAACGCAGAGAAACAGAGGCUAGAAGAGAAACAGCGCACCGUCCGCCGAGAAAGGGAGAGGGAGGCAGUUAAAGCUAGCUCACCUGAGGAAGCUGUCACUGAGGAUUCAAUCAAUGAUUCACCUUUAAAAACUGAUGCAGUGGAGACUGGCACAGAAGCAAAUGAGGUUUCUGAUGAAAGCACCCAUCCAGACAACUACCAAGCAAUGUGGUUCGAGAAGUUAGACGACCCCGUUUCCGGAGAGACCUUGCAUGUCUACAAGGGCGGUUACUGGGAGGCAAAAGACCAAGGCAGCUGGGAUGCGUGCUCUGACAUCUUCUGAUUCCAGCUGAGUUGGCCUGUCUUCCUCGGCGGUGUACAAACCUUACAUCAGCUAUUGCGGGGAAUUAAGCCUGACAUCAACCCAUCUUCGAUAUAUCCGUAGCUUCAACUGACCGCCCCACUCAGCUCCCCUUUUUCCAGCAGUGAUUUGCUCAGGGUUAAGGGCAUCUGGACUUCCAUGUCGACAUAGAUACAAUGCACAUUGUAGCAUUGUUGUAACAUUGCAGCUGAUUAGUGUUCAGAAUUCCCUCUCACUGCCUCUCAAACACUGGUGUUUAUCCUGGUCCACUGCUUGUUCUCAGCCCAGGGUUCUUUGGUAGCGCCUUUUGAGUUGCAUUUGGCAACAGGUUAUUCUGGUAAUGUCAUGAUGCUUUUUCUUUAAAAGCACUAUUGUCAAA